UCAAGCUCAGAAAGGGAGAGGAGAUGGCUGGCAAAGACUGCGUGAAAGUGGCAGUACGGGUCAGGCCUUUCAACAAGAGGGAGAGAGAUGCAGGAAGCCGCUGUGUGGUGUCCAUGACGGCGAACACCAUCACGAUCCAGGACCCCCGUAACCCACAGGUGCGCCGAACCUUCACCUUCGACUACGCGUACUGGUCUCACAGCGGCUUCGUCAGGAACAGGGACGGCCUGUUUGUCGCCGAGGAAGCAGGUGGACGCUAUGCAGACCAGGGGAGUGUAUUCAACGACCUGGGACAGGGCAUCCUGGAGAACGCUUUGCAGGGCUACAAUGCCACCCUGUUGGCGUACGGACAGACGGGCUCGGGGAAGAGCUACUCCAUGGUUGGCUACGGCCCCAAUAAAGGCUUGGUGCCCACCUUGUGCGAGAGACUCUUCCAGGCGGUGCAGGCCAACCAGGACAGCUGUCAGUGUCAGGUGUUUUUCAGCAUGCUGGAGAUAUAUAAUGAGCAGGUGAUUGACCUGCUGUCCCGAGGCAGCCGCUCUCUGGGCGGACUGCGUGUGCGUGAGGACCAGCUGCGGGGGUUCUACGUGGAAGGCCUGCGGCGGGUUCCGUGCGACAGCGCGGCUCGGGUGGAACAGCUGAUGGAGCAGGGAACGCGCACCCGCACCACCGCCGCCACCCACAUGAACGCCAACAGCAGCCGCUCACACAUGCUCAUCAUCGCACAGCUCAAACAGAUCUUCUCCAAGGAGAACAUCACCAAGCAGUCCAACAUUAACCUGGUGGACCUGGCAGGCAGCGAGCGGCAGCGCUGCUCAGGGCUGGAGGCCGACCGGCUGAAGGAGGGCACGGCCAUCAACGUCAGCCUCACCACCCUGGGCAACGUCAUCAGCUCUCUGGCAGAUGCUGCCCUGGGGAAGAAGGCGGUGCACAUCCCCUACAGAGACUCUGUGCUCACCAAACUCCUGCAGUCUGCUCUGGGGGGCAACAGCCGCACUGUCAUGAUUGCAACUCUGAGUCCCUCGGAUAUUUGCUAUGAGGAGUCUUUGUCUACGCUUCGUUAUGCAGAAAGGGCCAAGCGGAUUCAGAACAAGGCCGUGGUCAAUGAGAGCCCCACCGAGCGGCUGGUCAAGGAGCUGAAGGCGGAGAACGCCAAACUGGUGCUGCGCCUCAGCCGGCUGGGCCAGGAGGGACGCAAGACAGAGGAGGAGACCAAGGAGCUGCGCAGACUGCUGACUCACAAUGAGAUGCAGAUCAAAGCCAUACAGACCUUGUGGGAGCAACACCUCCAGGAGGCGCUCAAGGACUGGGAGAUGCAGUACGCCACUAUCACACAGGAACGGCGGAUGAUGCAGAUGCACCCCUACAUGCUGAACAUCAACGAGGACCCACAGCUCUCUGGAGUGGUCAAGCUCUUCAUCCAGGAGGGUGAUUGGGAUGUGGGCCUGUCAGAGGGCACAGCUAGAGCCAUCCCUAUCAAAGGCUUAGGUAUUCAAGAGAGACAUGCUGUCUUCACCAAUGAGGACCGCAGGGUCUCCGUAACCCCUGUGGCAGGGGCAAAGGUCAUGGUGAACGGCCUGCCCAUCACGUACCGCACUGAGCUGCAGCACCUGGACCGGCUGAUCCUGGGCUCCAGCAGCACCUACCUGUUCAUCGGCUUCCCCUGUGAGCGGGGCGCGGACGACUGGAGUCGCUAUGACUACGACUACUUCCAGUCAGAGCUGGCGGCCGCUGAGGGCAUCCACAUUCCCACAUUGUGCGAAGACCAGAGCCAGGGUUCCAGCCAGACGGACCCCAGCCUGCUGGCGGUGUUUUACGACUACAUCAAACUCAUCCCCAUGGUGACCGAGGCCAACCAGAUGAGCCAGGAGCUCAAUAAAGGAGUGGAAUUCAAGCUGGAGAUUAAAAAUCUGGCCAUGUCCGACUGUCGGGGUCGUGACCUUGAGAAGGACAUCGCUGUACGGGUCACAUCCCUGGAGAACAAGCAGGUGUGGAUGUGGUCGAAGGCCAAGUUCAUCAACCGUAAGUUCCUGAUGGAGGAGGUGUACCACCAGCAGAAGCAGCAGCUGCAGCAGGUGGAGAGCGCGUCAGGGGAGGGUCAGGGGUCGGGGUCCAAGCGCUCGGUGCUGGCCCGGGACCGCGACCCCUUCUGGGACCCGCUGGAGCCGCUGCACCUGGGCAGUGCUCACCUGUGGCUGCAGUCGCUGGCCUUCCGCAUCCCGCUGGAGGAGCAGGUGGAGGUGCUGGGGCCUGAGGGUACCGAGGAGGCCAUCCUGCAGGCGCAGCUGCUGCCCUGCAGCCCCAUGGGAUUUUGGGGGCAUGGGCGGGAGGACAUCCUGAUUGACCCCACAGAGCUUCUUGGCAAGCGGCUGGACUUUCAGCUCUUCCUGGAGCAGUGCUGUGGCCUACGGUGGCUCAAAGAGGCCAAGAACAGAGGAAUGCAGAUUGGCUUCCGGGUGUAUGACUGCCCUCAGAGCUUCUACACUCCGGCCGUGUGGCACAACGUCAACCCGCUCCUGGAGCACCGGGUGCACUUCAGCGCCAUGCGCACCUCUCAGGACCUGCUCAACUACCUGCAGAGCAGCGCCCUGGUGCUGGAGCUGUGGGGCCUGCAGGAGGGCUGUGCUGAUAUGGUGUCCUCCCUGGAGGGACUGAGGAUGACCCCAGAGGGCAGCUUCAUCAUCGACAAGGCCAGUGCACCAGACCCAUCUAUGCUGGAGUGUCCAGCGUCAGUGUCGGACCUCAGGUCAUCUCUGAGGGCUCUUCACCAGGACAUGGAGCAUCUGAGGAGCGUCAACGCGGCACUGAGGAAGGAGAACAGCUCACUGAGAGAACAGCUCAACAGAGGACCAGAGAGCGGGCGUGGCAGAGUGGAGCGGCGCGGCAGCCUCCGGCCCAGCUGUGAUGCGGAGCUGGCCCGCGCGCUCAAGGUGUUCUAUCACAGCAUGACCUCCCUCAGGGCCCAGCUGCAGAGACUGCGCCGACACAGGCCCAGCGAGGAGGCAGACCUGUUGGGCCUGAGGCUGUUUGUGGACGAGCAGUCUCGCCUGCUCAGGGACUUUGGGGAGCAGCUGGAGCUGAGCGUCACGGCGCUCAAACAGGACGUGGCCACUAUAGUCCGGCGCAAGAGAGAACGUUCCGGCAUCUGGUCCUGAGGCACAACCCGCCAUCUUACAUUCUUCAUAUCAGUGCUUUGCAGGACGCAUACUUGCACACCACUCCCUAUGAACUA